AUGGAGUUCGCUAACGCCGGAAUUCGCGCUGUCUUAAAGUUUUCCUUCGUAAAAGGUAAAUCCGCUGGAGAAACAUUCAGUGAGAUUAAUGGUGUUUUAGGAGAUGGUAUUCUAUCACUUCGAACCGCGGAGGAAUGGUUUCGACGAUUCAGAGCCGGUGAAAACGACACCAUGGAUAAGCCAGCCGGCGGAAGACCUGUGACGACGAAUACCGAUCAAAUCAUGGAAAACAUCGAGCUAGACCGGCAGGUGACUUCUCGUGACAUCGCCGAGGAGAUAGGAGUUAGUCACCAAACCGUUUUUAACCAUCUGUAG